CUCUUCCGGGGCAGGCAGCAAGAGAAGGGGAGGAGGAGAGCGGGCGCUUCGCGGCGGAGAUGGUGCCGGGCGAGGCGGCGCCGGCCGGGCCGGGCUCGCCGCGGGGCAGCGCCGAGGGGGCCGCGGCGGGCAGGAAGCAGCGCGCCGCCGCCCGCAGGAAGGCCUUUUCCCUGUUCGUCAAAGCCAAGGAGGUGCCGGCCGCGUCGCGGUGUCCCGGCGGCGGAGAGGGCGUGCGGUGGCGGUGCUGCCGGCAGGCGUUCGAGGAGCUGCCCGGCAUCCACAGGCACGUGGCUCUGCACCACUCCGGGGACGUCGGGCGGCAGGCGGGGCCCGCGGCGGGGCCGGCGGAGGCCGCGGGCGGCCCCGAGGGCGGCCAGGCGCUGGCGGGCGGCGCGGAGAUCGCCUGGGCGCUGCCGGACACCAGCCACGUCAGCCGCGAUGAUCUGACGAGCCAGGUGGGAGAUGUACUUCUCUAUUACUGUUAUUGUGAGGUGAGGGAUCCGGAGAAGCUCUGUGCUUGGCAAAAGGCUUUGUGUCAGCAUCUACAUCUCACUGGCAAGGUACGAGUUGCUUCAGAAGGUAUUAAUGGGACAGUUGGUGGAAGCAAAGUAGCUACCAGGCUCUACAUUAAAGUUAUGCUUUCCCAGCCUCUGUUCAAAAACAUUUUGUGUCAAGAGGAUUUCAAGAGCAGUGCAGGAGGAGCUCACUGUUUCCCAGACCUUCGAGUUGGAGUAUUCAAAGAAAUUGUACCUAUGGGCAUUGAUCCAAAGAUAGUGUCUUAUAAGGAAACUGGAAUCCAUUUAUCCCCUCAGGAAUUUCAUAGAGAAGUAGAACAGUAUUUGUCUCAGGCCACUCAAGGACAAAGUGAUACCAUCUUGCUGGACUGUAGGAACUUCUAUGAAAGUAAAAUAGGACAUUUCCAGGGCUGUCUGGCUCCAGAUAUCAGGAAGUUCAGCUAUUUUCCAAUCUACGUAGAUGAAAACCUGGAGCUUUUUAAAGACAAGCGUGUCCUAAUGUACUGCACAGGAGGGAUUCGUUGUGAAAGAGGCUCUGCUUACCUCAGGAGCAAGGCAGUGUGCAGAGAGGUUUACCAGCUAAAAGGUGGAAUUCACAAGUACCUGGAAGAGUUUCCAGAUGGAUUCUACAGGGGGAAGCUGUUUGUAUUUGAUGAUCGUUACGCCAUUUGUUCCAAUGAAGAUAUCAUCUCAGCAUGCAGAUACUGUGGGGUGCUGUGGGACCAAUAUAAACUUUGUUCCAGUCAGCACUGCCGGCAGCUUGUCCUGACAUGUCCAAGUUGUUGCAACAAAGGUCUAACAGCUUGCUGUCCUGUUUGUCAAGAGAAGGAGCUCAAGGUGACUUCAAGAGCUUCAGGACAGAUACUUAAGGAGGAGUGUGAAUGUACAAGGAGACGGCCAAGGGUACCAAUUGAACGUGUCUCAUCAAGGAUGCUGGACACAGGAAAAGAUUAAGUUGUUUCACUGGUUUAUCUGGCAUGUGCUCAUGUAAAGGGCUUCUGUAACCAGAUCUCUAUCUGUUAAUCAGUUAGGUUUGGAAAUUAUGAAAAUAUGUCGGCUUGGAAAGUCUUGUUCAUAUGCUGCCUUUAAACAUAGAAUAUGCCCUGAAAACCAUCCAUUACUUGCCUGUAAAUUACCAGAGUGCCCGAUUCAUCACUAGCACUACAGGAUUCCUCUCUCUGGGUACAGUCUUGUAGUGUGGCCUUUAUCAUGGGGAUUUUGGAGCAGAGUAUCUGCAACGUGACAGAGCUGCUCACAAUUCAAAAGAAACUGAAGAAAUUCAAGAACAAUUCCAUUUUUUUCUUCCUGCAUGGAGAUCAACCUUUCUGACCUCUCCAAGGAUCAUGCAUCUGCUUCAGUAGCUUGUAGUAAGGUGUGCAAACAGCAGAUUUAUCAGUUUGGUGUGGGUAUGUGACCAGACUAGAUCCUGAAGAUAUAUUCCACACGCAUGCCAUCAAGCAAGGCAAUGUUGCCUGAAAUUACUGGCUUAACUCCUGUAAAACUGGCUGAAGGCAGCCUAAGGAGCUGGAGCAAAGGCCUAGAGACACUGUUUGCCUAGCCAUACUUGUGUGACCUGUAGGAUGAACAGCAAACCCAAUCUUCUCUCCAGUGCUCAGUCUCCCUGGGAACUGUUUUUUCCCCUCAGCUUGUCAGUGUAUGAAAUAGGCAGGGCUCAGCUCUGCUUGCACUAAAAAAAGCUAACAGCUUGAACCAUGUUAAAACAAGCAAACAAAGAGGGGAGCACAGAGACUGUCAAAAUACCAGCAUCAUGGCACUGGAAGUGAUGCAUGUGUGCAUAAAUAUCAGCAACAGCUAUGAGGAGACUGCAAGAUCCUUUAUCCAGGUUAAAUAAUUCAAGUUCUGGGAAGCAUUUGUGCUUUUUAAACAUGAGUUGAGAUUUUUAAAGACUGAAGAUGUUUAUGCAAUUUCCAGCACUUGUUAGUGGAGGAAUUGUCUUUGAAGGGAUCUACAGCAAAUGAGCUUAAAAUACUGCUCCACGUGCUGUGUUGUGUGCCUGAUGCUGCAGAAUGUACAGAAAGGAUUUAUUAAUAGCUAGGAAGAUGUGUCUUGACUGAAAAAUGUCUUUGAAAUUUACUGCUGUUCUGGGAACUAAACAGUAAGUCAUCAAAGUCACUAGGUUUGGGGUUUUUUACUGGGAAAUGCUUUUAAAAGUAAGAAAAUAAUUUCUUAGGUUUCUGCAGUUGCUUAAUGACAGGGCCAUGUUACUUUCAUAUAGAUUGUACCUUUCUCCCAUGGUGCUAUUAAUUCAGCAAGGCCUCGUUGUUACCUUGACUAGCAAAUUAAAUACAUGGGCAUUGGUUCCAUUAAAGCCAUGACAAACAUUUCUUAUUGCUUCCAGUAUUGCUACCAUGAAAUGAACAGUUCACCAGCUGUCCUCAAGACAAUUCUAUUAACGAGGCAAAACCCUGGAGCUUUGGAGUAUUUCCUUUGGGAACCUUUCUAGGAUAGUAUUUAAUAGUAAAUCUGUGAACAACCCAUCCUUGAGAAGAAAUUAGAAAAUUCCCAUCAGCAGACACCUUCAGCAGGAGUCUGAGCAGUGCCAGUGUCUCCCUGGCUUCCCGGUCCCUGCUGGCCGUUUAACCUCUGUGGUUUUGAGGACUGGAGUAUUUGUGAAGAAACAUGCAAGUUCUACUUGCAGGUCUGGUCUAAAGCACUGAUGGGGAGUGCCCCAUGAUCUUCCUGUGUUAGGCUAAAAAGAACACAAUUUUGUAAUUCAGUCUAGCAGCAGGAGUGGAACACUGUAAUCAAUUUGCCAUGCUGUUUCUGUAUCACUUAUCAAUACAGGAUGGGAACAACUUUAUUUUAUAUGUAAAUUUCUGAAACAUCUAUGAUAAAUAACCUUUAGUGCUUCCAUUAUAAUUUUUUAAGUACUGCACAAAUACACUUCAUGUACUAUGUUGGAGGUGCUUAAUUCUGCAGAGAUAAACACUGAAAGUAGUUAGUCUGCCACAUGGUAGACCUGGCUACAAGGUACAAUUCUGAGAGCUCCUCACAGCUGGAGAUUCUACCUCAAAGGCAGAGGGGAGCCAUGAGGCCUCUCCUGGUCCUUGCUGCAAUAAGGUAAGGGAGGAGAAGGAUUUGAGAUAUACAGAUGGAGUCCCAAAAAGCCAUGUUCUCUCUGCUGCAGGGAGCAGAGAAGGGGAUAAGAGAUGUUUUAGCCUGUUUCUUGCAAGUUAGCCCAUAAGGGGCUCUCUGUUCUGUUUUCUGGGUUGGUUUUGUCAGAUUAAUACAAAUAAGGACUUGCCAUGUGAAAAGCUAUGUGGUAGCAUCCAGGCAUCUCAGUGGUAAUGCCCGAGAGAAGGCACAUGUGCUCCAGGAGAGGGAAGAAUUUUCAGCAGGAUGGGCUGUGACUGCCAGAUGCUGCAGUCACCAGAUGGCUUUUCCUCCUUUUUCCCAGGGAGCUGCUGGGCCAGAUUUGCAAACAGGGAUACAUUUGCUCCUAAGUAUCACCAUUUUGUAGCUCCACUGCUGCACAGCUUACAGCCUUUCACCACACAGCCUGAUGCCUCAGCACUGCCUGUCUCUGCUGCACCACCCUCAGCUGUCAGAUGCAUCCUGCAGCAAAACAGCUCUGUGAGGAUCAACCAGGGAACCUGGGAUGAUCCUGGCAGCUUAAUAUACCUUUGGGCUGCAAGGUUAAUGCGGAUGCUGCUACAGUGAAACACAGGACAAAGUUCUUAUCUUUUUUUUGUAGUAGUAUGCAUGUGGUAGUGGUCCCUGGUCUGCAGAUGCAUCUCCUUGCAUGUCUGUGCUUCUUAGUACCACCAGGUCUUUCCAAGAUAAGAUUAAUUUACUUCUGAAACCAGGGGAAGAGCUGAGCCUGUGUCAUGCAAAUCUGAGUAGAUGGCUCAGCUGGAAGUGAGCCAUCAGAGCUCUAAUUUGAUGAUUCAGUUGGUCAUUUCAAAGUCUUCACAGUGCACAUAGAAGGAAGUACUUUUUAAAGUCUGCCAGUUUUUUUCAUUUUAAUAUGUUUUCAAGUAUUUUUAUUCCACAUUCAUUUUCUGAUACAGAACUUGCACAGUGGAGGAAACAAGCUGUGGUAAAGCAUUUUAUAUGACACCAUGGGCACAUUUAUUAAGAUUUGGAGAGCAACAAGUAUGUUUCCCACAUUGCUGAAUAGUGUUCUCUGCUUCGCUGGUCAGAGCUAAAUCAUCAGCAGUGUUUGUGCACAAGCUCUGGAGAAAUCUCUGGGACUUUGCCAGAAUAUAUGUAAAAGGCUGAAAGACUUCACUCUCUAACAGACAUUUAGAGGUAGACUUCUAGCAAGAGAGAACAUUUUCUAGGAUGUGUCAUCUGCCCAAGAAUAAGGUUUCAGUACAGCAGUGCUUUUUCCGUGGAGACUUCUUACUGAGCAGGAUCCCACCCACAUUAACAGUAGGAGUUUUGGAUGUGCUGGGUCCAGUCUGCUGCAGGUCUGGGAGAUGCACAAGCCUGUGGGGAAUUCCUCCCAGGCUGGAUGAUGAGUGUACACUGACAAAAAGCUGUGAGAUCAUACGUAGUGUAAGUUCAGAUUUGGGGUAUUUCACUUCACAGCUUUUUUAGGGCACAGCAUUUAUUCUUGCAUUUAUGUGGACAUAAGGGACAGCAGUAAGAGAAAUAAUUCCUAGCAGAACAAAAUUUAGUUAAUAGACAUGUUCAUCUAGACAAAACAGCAAAGGGAGAGAAUUUGACCUGUCUGCAGUGAAUAUCUGGACAAACGCUUUUAACACUAGGAAACUGAAGGAGUGGGGAGUAAAAGAGAAGGUUCUCAUUUGCCAAUUAGUUUGGCCAGCUCUGGGGGUUAGUGUUUGCACCUCUAAGAAUGACUGCUUCCUUCACAUGUGCAUGGGAUUGAAGGAUAUUCACCCAUCUUGAUUUUUGAGACUGUUUUAUAUUUGGUGGCCUUAAAUUCCAUUUAAUCGGGAGUGGAGAUCAGUUUUUUAUAAGAAACACUGGGAUGCAUCUGACACAACAUCUCAAAUGAUUCAGCAAAUGUUGGCAAAAAAUUGUAACUCAAUUCUUGAAAUUAGCCAUGUUUCCAGAUGUUAGAAGUGCUUGUUAAAUGCUAGUUUCUCCUCUGUAGUUACUUGAGAUCAACUUUGAAAAAUAAAAUAAAGUAUUUUUUUAAUACUUCUAUAA